AGUUAUUAGUCAGUAGUCGCCUGAUCGCCGAUACGAAAAAUUCAACUCCUCUCUCGUCAAAAUAUUAUAAAUUAUAAUAUUAAAGAAAACAAAAAAUGGCUUUAAUUCUCAAUAAAAAGUACAAACUGGACUCCAGUGAAAAUUUUGACGACUACAUGAAAGCUUUGGGUGUGGGCAUGGUAAAACGCACAUUAGGUAACACCGCGACUCCAGUGGUGGAACUGACCAAAAACAACGACGGAAAAUUCGUGUUGUCGUCAAACUCGACUAUGAAAAACUCAUCGAUCGUUUUCAACCUCGACGAGGAAUUCGACGAAGAGACGAUCGACGGCCGAAAAGUUAAAUCGAUCAUCAGCCAAGAUGGAAACAAGCUGAUUCACGUUCAGAAAUACGACAAGCACAACGACACCACAAUCGUCAGAGAAUUCGAACCCGAUCAAUUGAAAAUGAUCCUAACUAUCGACGGAAUCACCUGCACCAGAAUCUACAAGCCAAUCGAUUAAAUACAAUUUCACAAUAAUUUAUUAUUAUAUUAUAAUGGUAAACGAUUCAAUCGAUUUGAAUGUUCACUGCAGUCUUAUGCAAGAUUUGGACUACUGCAGCCUAAAUUAUAAAUAUUAUAUUAAACAAUAUAUCAUACGAUUACAUAAAAAUAAAUAAUUAAUUUUUAAUUUU